AUGGAUGUGCUCAAUGCAGAGUUUUCAGUUAUUGAGCUGCAGAAUUUGGUUUUUCAUCAAGAUAACAACAAGUCCCAAGGUUUGGAUGGAGUCACCUCUUCUUUUUACAAUAGCUAUUGGAGUAUUGUGUGGGAGACUCUUUGGAAUGCAGUUAAUUGCUUUUUUAAAACCCGCUAUAUGCAUAGGGAGUGGAAAAAAACAUUGAUUGUCUUGAUCUCUAUGAUCAAGAAUCCUAUGACUCCUAAUUUUAGGCCUAUUAGCCUUUGCCAAACUAAUUAUAAAAUUGUGGCUACCAUGUUAGUUAAUAGAUUGAAGAAGGUUAUCUACAAGAUUAUUUCAGAGGAACAAGUGGCAUUCAUCCAUGGAAGAUCUAUUACGGAGCAUUGCCUUUUGGCUCAGGUGAUCUUUCACAAAUUCAGGAUUUCUAAAAAUAAGAAGGGGUUAAUGGCUAUCAAACUCGAUAUGGAGCAAGCAUAUGAUAGUAUGGGAUGGGCAUCUCUUCAGCACACCCUGGAUUGGCGACAGAAGCUUGGCAUACAAAUUUCUCCCAGAGGACCUUUGAUUACACAUCUCCUCUAUGCAGAUGAUGUAUUAAUAUUUUCUCAUGCAUCUGUGGACUUAGCUAAAGAUUUGAAGACUAUUGUGGAGCUUUUUUGUAAGUGGACUGUACAAAGAGUGAAUGUGAGCAAAUCUCAGAUGAUAUUUGGCAAGGUGGUUAGGUACUCCAUGAAGAAAAGAAUAGCCAAGGUUCUUGGUUUCAAAGUUGUCAAAGAGAUGAAGUAUUUGGGAGUGAAGAUGUCACUUCAUAGACUUAGAAUGGCUGAUUUUCAUGAAAUUAUGAGUAAUGUUAUGGAUAAACGCAAUGGUUGGAGUAAGAAAUCCCUAUCUUUGGGAGGUAAGCUGAUUCUCAUUGAUAUCUCUUUGCUUUCUAUGCCCAAUUUUCUAAUCACUCAUUCUAUAGUACCCAAGAGGGUUUUACAUGAGUUGGAGAAACUUUAUAGAAGUUUUAUUUGGCAUAAGAAUGAUGGGACCAUUGGUAUGCAUUAUGUUGCUUGGGAUGAUUUAUGUAAACCAAGAUGUUGGGGUAGGCUGGGUUUACAUUCUCCCCUUUUGAGAGUUGGAUCGUUAAGAUCCAAACUGUCUUGGAAUUUUAUCCAGAAACCGCAAUCUUUGUUCCACCGUGCUAUGGCAGCUAGAUAUGGUUGUGAUGUCAUGAAUGGAGCCCAAAGGAAGAUUAAUUCAACAGCUUGGAAAAUUCUGGUGGAUGGUGGCAAAUUUUUGAAAAUGGCUGUUUGUUGGAGAGUGGGUAAGGGUGACGGAAUUAAUAUUUUAAUUGAUACAUGGUUGCUGGAUAGAUGUAUCAACCAGUGGCCUACUUUUGUUGACUGCAAUUUUCUGGAUGGUAUGUACAUACAGCAGAUUUUGCUUAAUAAUGGAGAGUGGGAUUAUAUCAAGCUACAAAGGGCCUUCCCUCCUGAUCUGUAUACCAUGGAGGAUGUUGAGUAUUUCAACUGGUUACAGAAGUUAAAACUCAAGAAAAAGGUGGAGAUUUUCUUGUGGAGAUUGGGGAAGGAAGCGAUUCCAACCAUUCUGUUUUUGAAGAACCGCAGGAUUUCAGUGGAUGAUCUUUGUCCUAGAGGAUGCCAAAUAGCACAAAAUAAUUCUGGAAUUGUACAGAUAUAUUGCAAUAUAAUAUAUCACUCUUGGAAGAAUCGGAAUGCUGUCAAACACGGUAAGACUGCAUUGCCAAGCUCUAUAGUUUCCUCAAAUGCUUUGUUUUUAGCCAUCUCAAAUUCUGGUCAAUAUCUUACUAACUGGGGUACUAAUCUCCUUCGGGAGUCUAAAAGUACUUGGUGCCCUCCACCGAAAGAUUGGAUCAAGAUUAAUAUAGAUGCUUCUUUGCUUAGUUCCAAUUUGGCUGGAGUUGGUGGUGUCUUAAGAGACCACAAAGGCAGGUUUAUAAGUGCAUUUGGGAAGAAUGGAAUUCAUUGGGAUAUUGCUCAAUUAAAGCUUGAAGCAGUUUUCUCGGUGAAGGAAUUUUUGAGAAGCUGGAUGUUGGAGUAUAAAGGGAUGAUCAUAGAGAGAGAUAAUGCUAAUGUUAUCAAGUUCAUACAAGACUCUCUAAAGAAGAACAAGUGGCAGGAGGAUAGAUGGCCGACUAAGGAUUUCUUCUUCCUUAAUUAUUUCAAUAAAGUUGUUUUCCUCCAUGCUUGA